GAUGACGAUUGUUUGAUCGCGAAUGUGCAACGCCCCCACAAUUCGUCACGGAACCAAUCCCAAAACUGAUAAGGGUGGUCAGGGUGGUUCAAGAAAUGCACCGAAUAAACCAGGAGUAAAACGACCGCAGAUCAGUAGUAGAACUAGAGCAUAUGGUGUCCUUAGGACGUUUGUAGGAUUUCCGGCUUGUUGAGAUAUGAAAUAACCCACAAACAUGGAGGACCUUCUUUUGCUUAUUGUGAAAGAAGCUUCCAGUACCAAGUUGUCAGCUCUCAAAAAGUCAGCCCAGGAGGCUUAUGAUUUUUUGGAGGCACAACAAGGAUUGCUUAGGGACCCUGCACACGAGUUGCGAGCAAAAUGCCUUCAUACUCUACAAUUGGCUGUCGAAACAAAGAGGAGCAAGUUUGUAGCCUAUGGUUUGCAGGGAUUACAUAAACUUCUGCGAGAUGAUCGAUUUCAAUCUAAUUUUGAGCCUGAAGAUGAUUCUCUAUGGCUUCCAUCUCAGUUGCUACAUGCCAUGAGUUCAAUUCUCACUCAAUCUGAUGACACACAAGUGGAUAUGUUGAAGGUUCUUUUGAAUGUGGCUUGCAACUACUGGCCUAUGAAUGGUCGUAUUAUCAUACAGAUUCUUACGCUAUGCAGUGAAGCUCAUGAAACAGGAAAUCAAGCUGUAAGAACUGCUGCUGAAGCUGCCACAUGGAAACAGGAUGAAGAGGAAGAAUCGCAGGAACUCGAUCGUAGCCUGAAAAGAGGUGGAGAUGGUGAUGUUGGAUCUGGUGUAUCUUGUUUCAAUGAAGUUAUUCCUAUUUUGCAAUUUAUCUGUAGCAAGAUGGAUGAAGCACAAGCAGGCGGCCGUUGUGGAAGUAGCAUGGUGUUUCUUCUCGAGUGUCUUCACACAUUGGUGUCCUGCUUGCCACAGCAGAUCCAUAACAACAAGCACUUCACAACCUUCCUCUGGCAGAAAUUUUGUCCUGCUCUUAUUGCCUUCCUUGGCUCGCCCAGAGUAGACAAAAACAUUGUGUCACGUGACAAGAUCGCUUCCACAGAGGGAGCUGAAGUAGGUCGGGGCUCAGGGUGCCUGGCCACUGCUCCUAGUUUCAACAGUUCUGAAGCAAAAACUGUGUACAGUAUAGGCACUCAACUCGUGCGACUUGUUGGUUGUGUUGGAUCCCUGCGGCCAGUUUUGGAAUCGGUCUUCCAUCGAAUGCUCUUGUAUCCUCCACCCCAGCAUCGACUGGAAGCUUUGAAGUCAUUACGCGAGUUGCUACGAAGUCCAAGUCGGAUUGUGGAUUUUGCCGGUCCCAUUCUCGUAGAAGAUGAUAAAGGUUCUCAACAGAGUGACAUGGCACUCAUGAGGCUCGUAAUGGAUUCUAUUGAAGAAUGUAGCCGUAGCAGUGAUUCAGCUGUGUGCAAUGCUAGUGUAUCAUGCAUUGUAGCAAUGUUGGGAUCUUUAGAGGAACUGUGUACGGGAAAGGGUAUAACACACACUUACAUGGACCGCAUUAAUGCUAUGUACACAGAACUUGAGCAGUGUGAUUAUAAAGGACCAUUAACAUACCAAUCUAUGCUUCGACUUCCUAAGCCAUACAGGGAUCGAAUUGAACAUGAACGGAAGUUACUUGUGAGUCGUUCAGAUCCAAAUGGUAUUGUCGAUUCUGGCAAGAAAUCUGGUGGAGGUGGUGAUGAUAGUGACAGCAGUGGAAUUGAACAAGGAGAUGAUCCUGUACCGAGGCCACCUUCACAGAGUGGUAGCACUACAUCCGGAGACACUGAGGGUCCGGAGGAAGGUUUCAACAACGACCAUGUAGAGAUGGAUGAGCUUGUUGCUGAAGUAGAACGUGAGAGAGAACAGCAGGAACUUCUUCGUUUGGAGAAGUUACCUCGUACAUUGCAUCAAGACCAUCUUACUAUCCAUCAGAUUGGAGAAGAAUACAUAGAUGUUGAAAGACAUAAUGCUCGCCACUUUGUGCAAUCUCUACAUGGUCUUGUGUCACGUUUGCUUUCCCUUCGAAGUUCGAUUGAAGUAGAUGGCGCUUUGCAAGAUUUUUCAUCUAAAUAUUGUCACGGUCUUUUUGCAGGCCAACAUCUUGCUCAUGAUGAUGUUGGUUCAACUCACAAUUUGGCUCUUAUCACAAUAAUGAAUGCAGAUGGCAUAUACCUCGCCACAUACUCAGCUCUUCUCCUUAAUUUGAAACUUAUUAAGCAAGGUUACUAUGUUCAAGAUAAUAAACCUAUACCCAUGACUGAGGGAGAGUUUGUGGAAGGGGUGCAUGGGAGUGGUGUGUUGGUGUACCUGACUGACACUUGGUUAUCUGAGUUGUAUCAGCAAGUGCUUGCCUCCAGUAUACUGGAAAAAUGUGGCUACCAACCCAAUUCAGGCAAUAACUAUGCUCUCGUUAACCUCCUUACAGAUUUGGAUGGUCUAAACAGCAACCAGCAAGGUGGGCAGCUGUUAUCCGAUUGCCAGCGUCUGGAACGUGCAGCUGCCCCCAGCGAACCCAGUGCGGAAGUUGAAGCCAGCAUCAAACUUUCUCGGCGUGUGCUCAGUUGCUGUUGGGACAGCAUGUUGAGAGUACUCUCUGUCCCCUUGUCAGACCAUCCUGCGCAGCUGGGAGUGACUUCAAGCCUUGCCCUGCUUCUGGGAUCAGAGGGUGCACGGGAAGAACAUCGUCGUGCUCGAGAUAGUGUCAUAGCCAGUCUAGAAGGGCUCCAAAGUCGUUGUGGCAGCAUCUUCUCCCUGCUGGCUGCAGCAUCCUGCCCAAGUGCGGUUGAUGCAGGGCGAAGCACAACGGGUGGAAAUGCAAAUGCAGGAAAUGGUGGAGGUAUGAGUGCUGGGGUGAGGAGAAGACUACGGCGCCCGCGAGAUGUCCUCAAACUUCUGCAGCGCCCUGAGAAACUCCACACAUCUCAUGCUCUAAGUAUGGACGUCUUGUUAGGCCGAGGUUUGGAGCUUGGUUCACACUCCGCUGAUUGCUGGCCUCAUGUUUUCCGAUGUUGCUCAUACAUCAGCCAAUUGGAACAUGGAUUUUUUGCUCAGAAUAAGCCAGCUCUUGCAUCAAAGUUGAGUUCAUCUUGGCAUUCCAACUCUGGACAAAACACAAGCAGUUCGCAGAGUACCACUGAUCGUCUUAACCUCAGUUUCAAUAUUCCUGAUGAUGAUGAAACUUGUAUUGAUGUUUUCCUUUCAACGCCAGCUCCAACCGUGGCUACAACAGGAUCUAUUACUGAACUAAUUCAUGAAAGCAACGCAGACAUUGCAUCAAAUGGUGUGCUUAGUUACCAGUAUGCUGCACGUGUAGUCUGUGCCCUGUCGCAGUUGGUUGACAGGCUUUUUGAAGAUGCUGCUCUGAAGCUGAACCUGCGUGCCCUGAGUAGCUUUUUGACGGCUCUGUGUGAGGCAUCUCAAGCUCAGCUGUUCGCGCAGCACGCAACCUCUGGAGGGCGUGAUGCAGGGGGUGCAGGAAAGUUGUGGUGGAGAAAGGCAGAUCCAGGUCCGCCUGCUGCUGCCCACAGCCAGCUUUUGCUCAAUCGCGUCGGCGAGGUCAUGCUCAAAUGUGUACGCAGUGGUCGUCCACUUAUUCACAUCAUGCGAGUGUGGUCAAUUGUGGGGCCACAUCUUAUGGAGGCUGCUUGCCAUAAAGAGCGAAGUAUUUCAAAGAAGGCAGUUGCCUGCAUCCAUGACACUGUAAAUGCUCUUCUCAAUGAACAAACUGAACUUCCCCAUUUUCAUUUUAAUGAAGCAUUAUUUAAGCCCUUUGAAAACCUUUUGUGUUUGGAGUUGUGUGAUGUGGAUGUGCAGGAUCAAAUUGUGAGCUGCAUCUGUGAGUUUGUGGAAGCAAAUCGCACAGAAAUUCGAUCUGGUUGGAGGCCGUUAUUUGGGUCUCUGAGGGUGAUAAAAUUGUCAUCAAGUCAACAACCUGAUGAAAAUGGACAGAGCCAGUUAAGGUCUUUGCUUGAUGUGUUCGAAGUCUUCCUUGAUACUGACAACCCCUUGGUGUUCUCAAAUGCUGCUGUGGACUGCAUUCUCUGCUUGCUCAAACACGUCAGAGGUCCCAGUGAAUUAGAAGAAUCCUCUGGAUCAACUAGUUGCUUAGAUUUGGAUACAAAUCCUUCUCUUGAGCUUUGCCUUGCUGCUCUGAAGUUUCUACAGAAGUGUGCUGUCAUAUUGGCUUCCAUGUAUAACAUGCCUGCGUGCCCAAUUUUCCAUGCUGUUCAGAGGAUACAGCUGAAUACUGCACCUCAGGUCGUUGAUCCUGUGAUUCCUAACAUUGAGGUGACUUACUUUGAUCCGGACAUGGCGAGUUCUAACCAUUGCAUGUCCUAUAAAAUAUUGUCAACAACAAGCUGUGAAGUAGCCACUUUAGACAGUCUGGACAAGCCGAGCGGGGUACUGCGAGUGUGGUUCGUCUUGUUAGAAGGCUUGGCUAGUGCUACCACAACUUGUCCUCGCCGGUUUCAACCACAUGCUUUGGAUACCUUAUUCCAACUACUUAGAGAACUAUUGCAUACUCCAGGACCUGCCUUUGGACUGUAUUGUGUGAACCACCUGCUGCUGCCAAUGGUACAAAAUUGGCUGAGAAAAACGGGACGCAUUUAUAGAGGUUGGGACAACUUUGCUCCCAACUUCAAACAGUGCUGUGGUCUUGCCACUGAUCUUGUAGUGGAAUAUAUUACUCAUCUUCAAGGUGGGCCAAAUGCCCCUGAGUUACCUGCAGCCACCCUGAUGUUGAAGCAGUUGCUUUUGGUAAUGGUGGAGUGUGUUGUUCAACCAACAGAGAGCAUUGCACGUCUUGGAUGUGCUUGCAUUAGGCACGCGGUGCUGACGGCGGGCCCGUACCUGACGGAGGAGCAGUGGCGCGUGGCGGCGGCGGCGCUGCACCGCGCGUCGUCGGUGGCGCUGCACUCGCUGCAGCAGCUGUCGGCCGCCUUCCGGCCCGGCUCGCACUCCUUCUACGGCGACGUGGGCCAGGUGAAGGUGGCGGCGCGCAGGGACUGCACGGCGCGGGAAAGCGCGCGCCUCCAGCAUCUCGCGCAGCAGGUGUUCCUGCUGGAGGGCCAGCGCGACCCGAGCCCUCGGCCGGAAGCGGCGGCGAGCGCCGUGGGCGGCUCCCCGCCCCCGCCGUCCUCCUACGCCUCGGGCCCCGCGGUGGCGUCCGGCGGCGGCGGCGUAGGCGGCGGGGCGGGCGGCGGGUGCCCCGCAGAG